AUGCGACGAAGUACUAUGUUGUUUGCUAUCAUGUGUCUUCUGGUGAUACAUGCCAUGGCUUUGGAUGAGAGAAAGAAGCGAAGUAUUGGUGAAAAUCAUUAUCGAACUAUGAACAAACGACAAGAUGGUGGCGAUGGAGGUGAUGGAGGAAACGGUGGUGGCGAUGGAGGCGAUGGAGGAAACGGUGGUGGCGAUGGAGGCGAUGGUGGCAAUGGAGGCGAUGGUGGCAAUGGAGGCGAUGGAGGCGAUGGAGGCGAUGGAGGCAAUGGUGGCGAUGGAGGAAACGGUGGUGGCGAUGGAGGAGAUGGAGGUGGCGAUGGAGGCGAUCGUAGACGUCGAUACACACACUAG